AUGCCCACCACGCAGCCGGCAGGUGGUUGGGUGCCUGUAUACGGUCAAGCCGCAACUGCAAGCAGUCCGGGCUGGCAGCCGCAUAUGAACGGGCAAGGCGGCGUCGUUGCCACAGAGGAAAACAAACAGGCUUUGAGCUUGGAGAAGAACGACGGUUCCAGGGCCCCGAAAGGUGCAUAG